AUGUUCUUUGGGAAGAUGAUGGGAAGAUCCAAUGUUUUGAGGUUGAGGUUGAGCAGGUCAAUAAUAAAUAUCUUAGCAAAGACAGGUGUGCCUAUAGCUACUCCUGUUGAAUUUGCAGACACCGCUACAGCAACUCCUUUGAAGCGCAAAGGGCUUAAGUUAGAUUUCAGUCAGGCCACUCCCAACCCGUUGAAGAAGGCAUGCGGAUCAGAUGCAAGCAGCCUGUCGUCGCCUUCUCCCCAACCUUGA